AUGCGCUGCUCCUCCUCACCUACGGCCACGCCCACCGUGGCGAGAAGCUCCAACUUGCGGCACUACCGCGCGCUCCUGCAAGUCAUGACCUACGCCGGUCAACGGGAGCAGACAGCAGAGCAAGUGAUUCGCGACGCCAUGGUGGGAGGUGUGGUGGUGCCCUUCACUGUAACGCACAACGCGAAUGCACCGGCUGCGGCAAUGACAACUGGAGACCCACCCUGCAUCACCCCCAUGGAUGCGCCCGUCAGCGCUGACAAUUCGCCACGCGAGGAGGUGGGCAUUAUCGCGCUUCUGAUGCCGUCGUCAAAGUUUAUCGGGACAGCAGCGUCGCUUCUUGCCGACGGCUUCUUCAGCUUCGCACCGCUCUCCUCCACAGUAGACAAGUCGCGACACACCUCCUAUCAACAUCGCUCCGAGUGCCAGGUUCGUGAUCUCUUCACGUUGAUAAUGCUUCUGUUUCCGGAAUGCUUCAUCGCCGAAACACUUCCACGCACACCUCUGGAGACGCGGGAAGCGGAGGGGUCAGUCUCGGAGACGCAGUCGAGCAACCGCGCCGAGAGCGAGGUUCAGCACCCGAGUUCUGUUUCAAGGGUCAGCCCGCCCGUUUCACCCACGCCGCCCAUCCUGCCGCGCGGCCGGUGUACUCCAUCGGCGCAGCGCACCCAAACCAGUGUGACCGAGGGUCGGGGUAUCGUGGUCGAUGCAGUGUCACCGUCGAACAGCGCAGUCGACGCAGCACUUGGCGGCUUUCACGCUGCACCGCUGGAGGGGUCGCUAGGAGUACUCACGCCUGCCAAGCUUGUCACCACAGACGCGGGUGCAACCGAUGGAGAGGGGUUGGGAGUCAGCAGCGCGAGCGCCUCCAUGACGGCAAACAUGAUGCCGCUGCCGAUCGUGAGCGCGGUGCCGCUUUCGCUCGACGUGCUUGACGUGCUCCUGGAGUCUCGGAGGUCUUUGGCCGUUGUGCUGCUCUCUGUGAUAAACGACGCGCUGCGCGAAGUGCAGUACCGACAACUCGAGCAGUCUCACACAUCGACAACAGCGACUCUGUCGACGGCAGCUGCAAGACUCCCAUCGUGUGAGGGUGGUGUACUGCAGUUCUCUGCGGAGGUACUCCUGACAGCGAAGCUGCUGCUCAUGUCCGUAAUCUCAGCAUCUGCAGUCUGGCGACAAAGAUUCUCCAAGACAAUGGAGGGCAUGAAAGCAGUGCUUCAGGGGGCUGCGCUUCUGCCGUCGCCUCCGCCAUUGCCGUUUCACGUCUUUAGUGAGCUGCUGGGCGAGGAUGCCGAAGGCGCGACGCCGUUUUUAACCCUGCCUGUAGAACGGUGGAGCUGGGGCAAGGAGAAAGACGCACUUGGACAGUGGUAUGACCGGCUUCUUGAUCGACUCCUGGUGGCCACAGACGGCGCCGGUGUGCGAGUAGAUGCGUACUUGAAGACCGCGAAGUCGACCGCGGUAAGUUGCGGGCGCAGCGUCUCGUCUUUUCCUGCUCUUCUCCUGCACCGGCCGUCCGACGGGCAGCCGGCGGUGGAGAUGAGUCUUGCUUCUGUAGCGCGAUUGAGUGGCUCUGUGCGGCUUCCCUCGCUACCCAUUCAACAGGGUGAACUACACUUGCUACUUUGCCCAGAGGUGCAGGACGACAAGACUGGUGUGCUGCAGGCUCGCGGGCACGAGCUUCUGUUGGAUGCAACGGCGUCGCCUACUGCAGACUUUUUUCAGGCAUGCACGUCCUCGGCAUGCAGUGAGGCGCAGCUGCAGCCGUCCGGUGAUGCGGUGCCGUGGCUGUUUCGUCAGCGAUUCAAAGACCUCUCGUCGACUGAGCAGGGCAUCGUUACCGCUGCCUUGUGUGAUCCUGCGACGUUAUCGGCGGUGUUGGAGAAGAAUGCCGCCAUGCUAGUGCGGCUCACGUUGUGGUGCCGCAACCGUUGGCCGCCGUCAUCAGACGCUUCGGCUGUGCUGGCGAGUACAGCGAGCCAGUCGGAUGACGUAGUCAAGGAGAAUAAAGGCCCCAAAGCGGUGCACUCGAUCGGUGAUCAGGUGGAGCAGCACAUCCUCUUUCAGCGUCCGUUCAGUGCUGCAGUGGGGCGGUAUGUACGUGAGCUGGUGACUUUGAGGGGGCUGAGCAAAGAUGUGCUCGAGGCGUGGAUGCGGCACGUAUGCACCGGUACUGAUGCUGCGGCUGGUGUUGCCGUCGAUGGCAGUAUUCCGUCUCCGCAUCGUGCCAUGUUCUCAGCUUUGGUGAAGUUCGCGGUGCUGCAUAAUCGGUGGCGGCUGACUCCGGAGGUGGAGGCGCUGCAGAAAGAGUAUGCCAUGUAG